AUGCCGUUUCCUACGACCUCAGACCAAUACACCAUCCUUACUCAGAUCGGUGCUAGUCCCAACAGCGCCGUCUACUUGGCCAAAUGCGACUCCCAAGACUCAUCCACCUCCUCCACUGUCACCGUCGCCAUCAAAAUCAUCGAAACCCCCCAAAUCAUAUUUGACACCAACUUGUUAAACACUUCACUAACGCUCAUUGACCACCCCAAUAUUGUUCGCCCGCAUUGUUGUUUCUUCGCCGACGACAACCGUCUUUGGAUCGUAAUGCCCUACAUGUCAGCCGGACCUUUACAAUCCGUUCUCUCCCACAGUUUUCCCAGAGGUAUGCCCGAUCAAUUCACCUCCAUUCUUCUGUCCCAAGUUCUUCAAGCUUUGGUUUAUCUUCACCGAAUGGGGUUUGUUCAUAAAGCCAUUAAACCAAGUAAUAUCUUCUUUGAUUCACAAGGCACUGUUAAGCUAUCUGUUUUCGACCUUAUGAUCUCUGCCGAUAAUAAAAUUGAUCGUGAUUCUUCAAUUCCUUACUGGGUUCCACCCGAUGAUGAAUAUAGUUUCAAAUCAGAUAUUUGGGAAGUUGGUGUUUUAGCUAUGGAAGUUACUUGGGGUGGUCCUCCAAUUAUAGACCCAAGAAUUCUUGAAUCACAAGUUUUGAAUAUCUCAAGAAGGUUUCCUUACGAAUUGAAAACAGAGACGGGUAGAAGAAAUAGUGGUGACAGAAGAAUAUUUGGAGAUGCUGUUAAGGAGUUUGUGAAAACUUGCCUGUUAAAAGAUCGAUUGGAACGGCCGACAGCGGCGAGUUUGUUGGAUCAUCCAUUUGUGGUGAAAGGGGAAAAUGCGAAUAAUUUCUUGUUCAAGAGUAUUCCAAAAGGAGUGAUUGAAAUUGAUAGAAGAUUUCAACUAGAAAAGGAAAGAAUCAUUGGGAUUAUGAAUAAUGAUGAGGGAUUGAAGAAUCAAAGUGAGAAGAUAACGAAGAUUAGUGGAUGGGUUUAUAAUGAUUUUUUGUUUGAACUUGAACCUGAUGGCGAAUCAUUAGGGAAAAGAGUUAGGUUUGGUGGUGAAACCAUAAGAGAAUUUGAAAAAGAAGAAGAAGAAGAAGAAGAAGAAGGAGAGAGCAGCACGAAAGUUGAUGAUACGCCAUCUUUACUUGAAAUAAUAGAGAAAAAUUUGAUGAGUGGUGGUGAUGGUAGUGGUGAAUCAAGCAAGAAGAAGAAGAAGAAGAAGAAGAUUGUUGAUCAAGAAAGUUUAGUGAAAAUGUUGACUUCAGUGUUAGGUAAUAUUGAUGCACAAAGGGAGAUGGUUUCGAUGCUGAUAAAUCAUGUUGGUUAUUUGAGUGAAAAACAGUCGGAAAUGAGUAAUGAAAUCAAAAGAUUAGAGACAGAAUUGAAAGCUGAGAAAGAACAGUACUUUCAACUAGAGUUAGAAUAUGAAUUUCUAAAGCUCAAAGUUCCUGAUUCUGACGAUGAUCAAAAAGAAUAUCCUUCUUCUUCUUCUUCUUCUGAACAAAUAAACACUAUGUAA